AUGGAGCAUCUCAAGUAUGUUUUUUCAUUACUCAGACAACAUCAGCUCUUUGCUAACUUCUCCCAGUGCUGUUUUGGUCAAUAUUCCUUGGAGUAUUUGGGUCAUAUUAUUACAGCUCAAGGUGUGUCUGCUGAUCCUAGUAAGAUAUCUUGUAUGCAACAAUGGCCACUUCCUACCACUAUUAAAGAACUCAGAGGAUUUUUUGUCCUAACUGGUUACUAUAGGAAAUUUGUUAAAGGUUAUGGGGCUAUUGCUAAGCCUCUCACUGAGUUACUCAAAAAGAACUCCUUCAUUUGGACACCUGCAGCCACACUUGCAUUCAAUCAACUCAAAGAAGCAAUGGUCAAUACUCCAAUACUAGCUUUACCAGAUUUUAAAAAUUCAUUUGUGGUAGAAAGUGAUGCCAGUGAUCUAUGUGUGAGAGCUGUUUUACUACAGGAAAACAAACCAAUUGCUUAUUUCAGCAAACCCUUGGGACCAAAAGCACAAGCACUAUCUACAUAUGAGAAAUAA